UAUUUUAUUUGAUAAUUUAUAUUUUAUGAAAACACAAAAGUAAAAAAUUAAAAGACAAUUAUGCCAUUACACCGUCUAAUAUUUUCUAACGGCAACUGUCUCACGACUCUCACGGCCAGUCACUCCGGCAUCAACAUAUUUAUUUCUUGCGUAGAAGGUCUUAAGGUGUUUGUAAAAAUGCUUCACAAGGCUUGAGUUCGUUCCACCCUUUGACAAAGUUUGGUUAGAUUUGAGUUGAAGGUAGUCAACAAUAGUAUGAUAGAAGGUGGGCGAGUUCGGCUGAACCGGUGGCAACAGGCGGCAGUUGCGGUUGGUUCAGCGGUUGGUGCGUUGUUAGACCCACGAAGGGCGGAUCUAAUAGCAGCCCUUGGUGAGACCACUGGGAAACCCGCUUUUGAGAGGGUUCUUCAAAGAAUGAAGACUAGCCCAGAAGGAAGGGCGAUACUCUUGGAGCGGCCACGAGUUAUAUCUACAAAAGUUGGGCAUGCAUGGGAUCUACCACCAAACACAUUUGGUGCUGCAUAUGCUAGAUUCAUGGGAUCCAGGAACUUUUCUCCAGAUGAUCGACCACCUGUGCGGUUCAUGGACACAGAUGAACUAGCUUAUGUGGCUAUGCGUGCUCGUGAGGUGCAUGAUUUCUGGCACACCCUUUUUGACCUUCCAACUAACUUGAUUGGUGAGUCUGCCCUCAAAGUGAUAGAGUUCGAGCAAAUGUACCUUCCCAUGUGUAUGCUUUCAGUUAUCGGAGGCACUGCAAGAUUUAACGAGAAGCAAAGGACACUAUUCUUCCAACACUACUUCCCAUGGGCCAUCCGAGCUGGUAUGCAGUGCACGGAUCUCAUGUGUAUAUAUUAUGAGCAGCAUUUUCACGAGGAUUUGGAGGAUGUUCGAAGGACGUGGGGGAUAACCCCUGCUCCAGCUGCUCCGAGAAAGAAUGGUGCAUGACUAGUUAGGUAAAUGGAUACCUUGUAACAUCUUAGCCUUGCUGUUUGAUUGUCAAAAUACUUUUGUUUCUCCAGGAAAAUGCAAUUUUGAGUCUAUAAACUAGUAGAAUAAAUUGUAUACUUUUGAACAAAUAAAGCUCUGAAUAUCUAUUAAUAGUUCGUUUUGACAAUUGAUAUUAUCUCAGUUCACUACCACCGUCCACCGUCAUAAAACUCUCUUCAAAACAGUCGCACACUAGAGCUGUAGCCUUGUAGUCCCAAGCCAGAAUUGAUUCCAGUCCCUGGAACAUAUGUAAAUCCCUGCAGUUUGGUG